GUCUUUGGUAAUGUUAUUGGCGGGAGUUAGUUGCGUGACAUUUACUCGCAAUUGUUAGAGUUGGUGAGAUUGAAAUGAAUUCCUUUGAGAAGCCACUCAAUCCAUUCGUUUGUAGCAGUAAUGAUGCACUGGAACUGAAACUUGUUCGGAGCCCAGAAGACUUGGAAGAUGAUGAUGCUUCAAUGAAACCAGAGAUGACUCAUCAGGUGUUCGGAGAUAAUGAAUCAAUAUUUGGAUAUAGAGAUCUCAAAGUAAAGCUUUAUUACACAGCUUCAAAAUUGACAACAUACUUGGGAAUGACUUACAAGGAGAAGAUUGACCCAGGCAGGAGUGACGGAAUUUGUGCUGAUGAUGUACUGGAGAAAAUGUCAAAAACCAUCCCUCCUGGAUAUUAUACAAAUAUAGAUGAUUUUUGUAGAGAGAUUACAAAAGAUUAUGAAUUUGUACCUUUGGGAACACUGAAGAAAUCCUUCACAAUUAAUAAAGAAAUAUCUGAAAGAGUUUUUGAGGUAUACGUUUGUGAUGUGUUGGUACCAGGUUACCAGGAUUACCAUGAAAGAUUACAAACAUUUUUAUUGUGGUACAUUGAUGCAGCUAGUUUAAUUGAUACUGAUGAUGAUCACUGGAGAAUGUUUGUAGUCUAUGAAAAAUAUAAAAUUGAUGGCAGUGCCAGGUAUGCUGUUGCUGGGUUUGCUACUGUGUAUGAAUUCUAUGCUUACCCCAAUAACAUCAGGCCUCGUAUUGGCCAGAUGUUGAUACUACCACCAUUUCAAAGGCACGGGCUUGGCAGUCAUUUAUUGGAAUGUAUUUAUGAAUAUUAUGUACCUAUGCAAGAGGUUGUGGACAUUACAGUUGAAGGACCAUCGGACGAAUUUCAACGCCUUAGAGACUUUGUUGAUGUUAGAAAUUGUGUGAAGUUAAUAAAUUCACAACCAGAUGCAUUAAAGGAAGGAUACCAAAAAUUUUGCAGUGUAAUAAGUCCUCUGAAAUUAAGUAAGAAACAAAUGAGAAGGGUAUAUGAAAUUUUAAAGUUGCUUUUCACCAAUGUUAAAAAUCCUGAUGAGUACAAGCAGUACAGACUGGAAGUCAAAAGAAGACUUAACAUCCCAUACCAGAAAGGACAGGAUGAAUACAAGAAAAUCCAGAAAUUUUUCAAUGAUACAGAGAAUAAUGAUGAACAUUCACCUAUCGUACCCCUUACAGAUGAACAAAGAAUGGAAAAUUUAGACAGAGAAUACCAAGAAUUGGAAAACCAGUAUCGACAAAUUUUGCAGCGACUCUCCUUAUUAUAAACUACUUCAAAUGAAUCUAUAUGAAAAGAUCUGCAGAUUCACCGCAAUUACUUGUGUACAGAAGACUUAAGACUGGACAUACACACCUCAUGCACUCAAUCUAAAACUUGGUCCAUAAUCAGUUUUCCUGUAGUGACCUCCUGCAGUUCUCAGAAGACUGAGUAUGAAUAAGUUAACCAUUCAUUGAAAGUGUGGAAAACAUGUUGUUAUACUAAAUGUUUUAACAUAGUUAAGGCUUUAAUAUGAUAGAAUUUAAAUAUUUUUGUAACUGUUAGUCAGUACCCAUUAAGCUAUAUUUGCACAACAUGAAGUUUUCUUUGUUCAGAGGCACCAAAGUACUUUUUAUGUGUUAAGUUUCAGAACUGUAUUCUUACGUUGAGAAGUACUUUUAUUAAUAUAAUC